AGAGGAUGCGACGCAAGUAUACAGGGAUACUCUAUCGAGGGCAAAUGAGAGCUCAUCGGCUAGUAUAGUAUACAUCUUGACUCGAUAUAUUUUUUUAUAGUGAUAUCUUUUUCCUUCCUUGAUGCAGAAAAUAUAUUUUGUUUAUCAUAUAUCCACGGAGCUCUCUCGCCCCACACCCUCACCCUAUUCUACUACGGUACACCCUCCCUCUUCCACUGCACAUAGAUGUAAUUUCGGUAUCAGCGUUUUUUCCAAUAACCGAUGUCUGUGUGCAUCCCGCCUCCCUGCGCUCUCAAAUAGAUGGUGCAAGUCAAAAUGUCCAAAUCGUCCGCAGACCCACUGCCUGGUGUCGAAACAGGCUCACAGUCUCACAAUUUUCAGCUGCCCAGGAAGUUGCCUAAGAGGAAAAGUCGGUUCAAACGUUCGGAUGGCAGUACGUCCUCAGACACCACCUCCAGCUUCAUCAAAAGACAGGAGUCAGCUGAUUCGUACACCAGUAGACCGUCGGACUCCGACCUGUCAGCGGAGGAGGACCGCGAGGCGUAUCGGCGUGAAGCCGAGCGCCAGGCCCAGCUCCAGCUUGACAGAGCUAAGUCUAAACCUGUAGCGUUUGCGGUGAAGACCAACGUGGCUUUCUGUGGGGCUCUGGAUGAGGACUGUCCCGUUCAAGGAGCUGCAAUCAACUUCGAAGCCAAAGACUUCCUGCACAUUAAGGAGAAGUACAACAAUGAUUGGUGGAUUGGUCGUCUGGUGAAGGAGGGGGCAGACAUCACCUUCAUCCCCAGCCCUUUACGCCUGGAGGCUAUGAGACUCAAACACGAGCAAAGGAAAAGAGGGGGGAACUCUUCCUCCAGUCUGGGUGACAUGGUGUCUGGGAGCUGGAGGACAACGCCACCAUCUGGUGACAAACCGAAGCAAAAGCAGGAACACAUUCCUCCGUAUGACGUGGUCCCGUCUAUGCGGCCGGUGGUCUUAGUGGGGCCGUCACUGAAGGGGUAUGAGGUGACAGAUAUGAUGCAGAAAGCUCUGUUUGACUUCCUGAAACACAGGUUCGACGGAAGAAUCUCCAUCACACGCGUUACGGCAGACCUAUCUCUGGCCAAGAGAUCUGUGCUCAACAAGAGGCCCAUCAUGGAGAGAUCCAAUACUCGCUCCAGCCUGGCCGAGGUCCAGAGUGAGAUAGAGAGGAUAUUUGAGCUGGCCAAAACCCUCCAGCUGGUGGUUCUGGAUGCAGACACCAUCAACCACCCGGCCCAGCUAGCCAAGACUUCCUUGGCCCCUAUCAUCGUAUACGUCAAAGUGUCCUCGCCAAAGGUGCUCCAGAGGCUGAUCAAGUCCCGGGGGAAGUCUCAGAGCAAACACCUGAACGUGCAGAUGAUGGCCGGAGACAAACUGUCUCAAUGCCCCCCUGAGAUGUUUGAUGUCAUUUUGGAUGAGAACCAAUUGGAGGAUGCGUGUGAGCACUUGGCUGAAUACCUAGAGGUGUACUGGCGCGCCACUCAUCUUCCCGACACCACCCCCAUCAACCCGCUAUUAGAGCAGAACCUCAUGACCCCGCCCUCAGCCAACUCUAGCCUACAGACCCAGAAUAAGAACCAGCCAUCAGUGCAGCACAGCAGUGUGGGGGUAGAGGGUGAGGAGGUGGAGGCCCACUCCCCUCUGGAGCAGGACAGCCUGAUGCCGUCUGAAGAAGGCAGCGACUCCCUGUCCCGCGGCCUCCUUGGGGGCCCACGCCUCCGGGGGGACGAGGAGGACGAGGAGCUGGUGGAGGAAUUAGAAGAGGAACUAGAUGAGGAGGAUGAGUUUGAGUCCCCUUGCCAUGCCCAAACUUACAGGGACAGGUACCCCCCUCACCGCGGUCACCGCGGGGGCGUCCACAGCACCAACGGGCAUGAAUCACAGGACAGGCUGCUCCAGCGCGAUGCCCAGCAGGGGCACAACCAGCGCAACAACUGCCAACGCAGCCGCCCCUGGCCCAGAGACAACUACUGACAUUUCUAACGUACCCUGGCCCCAAGACAACUACUGACAUCUCUAACGUACCCCUGGCCCUGAGAUAACUACUGACAUCUCUAGCAUACCACUGGCCCCGAGACAACUACUGACAUCUCUAACGUACCACUGGCCCCGAGACAACUACUGACAUUUCUAGCAUACCACUGGCCCCGAGACAACUACUGACAUUUCUAACGUACCCUGGCCCCAAGACAACUAAUGACAUCUCUAGCAUACCACUGGCCCCGAGACAACUACUGAAAUCUCUAACGUACCCCUGGCCCCAAGACAACUACUGACAUCUCUAGUAAAACCACUGGCCCCGAGACAACUACUGACAUCUCUAACGUACCCCUGGCCCAGAGAUAACUACUGACAUUUCUAGCAUACCACUGGCCCCGAGACAACUACUGACAUUUCUAACGUACCCUGGCCCCAAGACAACUACUGACAUCUCUAGCAUACCACUGGCCCCGAGACAACUACUGACAUCUCUAACGUACCAAUGGCCCCGAGAUAACUUCUGACAUUUCUAGCAUACCACUGGCCCCGAGACAACUACUGACAUUUCUAACGUACCCUGGCCCCAAGACAACUACUGACAUCUCUAGCAUACCACUGGCCCCGAGACAACUACUGACAUCUCUAACGUACCCCUGGCCCCAAGACAACUACUGACAUCUCUAACGUACCCCUGGCCCCAAGACAACUACUGACAUCUCUAACAUACCACUGGCCCAAGACAACUACUGACGUCUCUAACGUACCCCUGGCCCCAAGACAACUACUGACAUCUCUAACGUACCCCUGGCCCCAAGACAACUACUGACAUCUCUAACGUACCCCUGGCCCCAAGACAACUACUGACAUCUCUAACGUACCCCUGGCCCCAAGACAACUACUGACAUCUCUAACGUACCCCUGGCCCAAAGACAACUACUGACAUCUCUAACGUACCCCUGGCCCCAAGACAACUACUGACAUCUCUAACGUACCCCUGGCCCCAAGACAACUACUGACAUCUUUAGCAUACCCCUGGCCCCAAGACAACUACUGACAUCUCUAACGUACCCCUGGCCCCAAGACAACUACUGACAUCUCUAACGUACCACUGGCCCCAAGACAACUACUGACAUCUCUAACGUACCCCUGGCCACAAGACACCUACUGACAUCUUUAACGUACCCCUGGCCCCAAGACAACUACUGACAUCUAUAAAGUACCCCUGGCCCCAAGACAACUACUGACAUCUCUAACGUACCCCUGGCCCCAAGACAACUACUGACAUCUCUAACGUACCCCUGGCCUCAAGACAACUACUGACAUCUCUAGCAUACCCCUGGCCCCAGACAACUACUGACAUCUCUAACGUACUCCUGGCCCCAAGACAACUACUGAGAUCUCUAGCAUACCCCUGGCCCCAGACAACUACUGACAUCUCUAAUGUACCACUGGCCCCAAGACAACUAGCUAUACCCAAACUACAAUUGUGGCCACAAGAAACCCAAUUGUACACAAUAAGUGUGGUCCUUGUCCCCAACCACUCACCCUAACUAUGGAAACAAUGUACUACCAAUUGUCCCCAAAACAAUUACUGAUUGCUGUGCACAUUACCAUCUUCUACAAUCACACACUUCCAGGCUUACGGUUUUACUCAUUCUGAUUAGCCGGGGUCAUGUUAAUCAGAUAAAAGGCUAUACGUCAACAGGGCUACUCACCUCCACAAUAGCAAGCUAUAACUACUGGCUGUAGGUCAAGUCAAAUGUUAAGAUUCUUUGCAUAAGGUUUCUCUAUUUUAGAAUGACACAUUUACUGGCCUGAAAUCCCUAAGACGUUUAUGUAUCUUUAUUAUUGCAUGUAUGAUUAUUUUAGGACUAUUUGCACAUUAUGGUCAGAACAGGAACCAUAGGCUCUUUCUGGAUAAACAAAAGUAGGAAUGUCUACAUUUUACUUAUCUGCUAUGGGAAAUAGUAAUGCAUCCGAAUAUAUAUUGUACAUAUUGAAUGGGCACCUGGUUAUAAUCAACUUGGUCUCAGAGCAUUUAGUAUUAUUCUGUAUGUAAAUCCUGGACACUCAAUUAAGUAUAUGUUACGUUUCAUAUGGUAUGUACUAAUUUGUGAAUGUCAAUCAGUCAUUUCAUAUGAUAUGUCAAUUACAAUUCAUAUGAUAUGUUACAAAUCUGCAAAAUGUACAAUAUGUUGGGAAUUGGCAAAACGUACAAUAUGUUACGGAAUUCGCUAUACGUAUAAUAUGUUACGAAUUACAAUUAGUUGUGGCUAACGUUAGCUAGGUGGCUAACGUUAGCUACACUAGGGGUUAGGGUUAGGAGAUAGGUUAACGGGUUAGGGGAAGGGUUAGCUAAAUGAGUUAAGGUUAGGCUUAUUUUUCAAGGAAGGGUUAGCUAAGUAGUUGCAAAGUAGCUAAAAAGUAGUAGUUGCUAAUUAGCUAAAAUUGCCAGUGAUGAGAUUCACGCAACCUUUGGGUUGCUAGACAUUCGCGUUAUACUCCCACUCAUCCACUCUGCUCAAUCACUCAUCGUUUUUUGCCUUUAGUAACCUUCUGUCUUAUGUAACCAUACCAAACAUAACAUACUAAUUUGAGUGUCCUGGAUUUACAUUGACUAUGUUAUGUCUAGUCUAUGAGACCAGGCUGUUAUAAGUAUUUAUAUUUUGGGGUUUAUUUAAUUUUGUCAGUAUGUACUUCUUCCUGAUUUCAGUUCAGAUAGUUUUUACUGAGAAGAUGCUGAAUGUUUUGGGAGAGGCACAGGUACGCAGGCCUCGAUACGGUGAUCUGUAUGUUAGUGCCGUAAAGCUGCAGUAUAUUCACAUAUCUUGUUUCUGUCAUUACACAUAUCACACAGAAUAUCACCAUGAGUUAUGAAGGGAAUGUAACAAAUCAAUAUUACUCUUAACACACACACACACACACACACACACACAGACAAGCAAACAACCGUGGAGGCUGCUGAGGGGAGGACGGCUCAUAAUAAUGGCUGGAAAGGAGCAAAUGGAAUGGCAUCAAACACAUGGAAACAUUAAGGUGCCACCAACUUCCUGUGGCACACAGAGGCACAUGCAAGCAGACACACACACACACAAAUUCAGGCAUCAAAAUAAUGCAAUAUCGCAUGCCUUUUUUACAACUCCAGCUGCCCCUAGUGGUGGGCUGAUCUCACUCCUUCCCCUGAUUGUCCUCCAGUUGUGGAGCACAUUUUUUAUUGUAGCAUCCGCACAACGUCCCUUUCACACUCACUUAUAUGAGUCUCCAAACACCAGGCAAAAGAGAGAGAGAGAGCACUUCAUAUACCAAGCACAACCUAUUCAGGCUGUUUGGAAGUGUUGUCAGACACAUUCAGCACAUAGCAUCUCCUCUGAACCCCUUUGUUUCAACUGUCUCUAUACUGUAUGUGUACUGCAGUUUUACUGUCAACCUCACGAAGCAGAUCCACAAGUCUACCUAUAUCGGAAGGUUUUUGAUCCAACCAAUCACUUAUUCGUGCUCAACUGAUCACUACAUUCAUUGGCUAAUUAUGUGUGGAACUUGUGAUGUGGUCUCCUGGAUUUCGAAAGGACUCACAGCUAUAGCAACUGUGACAUGAUACCAUAUACCUGCAUGGUUAGUCUAUGAACCGAUCAGUUGGGCAUAUUGUGGAACAAAGAUCUGCAUGAACAGGGUCCCUGCGGACCAAGUCUGGGGACUAACUGGUCUACUGCUUCCAUGUCUAAUAGGCAACUUUAUAGUGUUCUGUAUUAUUUGAACAAUCACAGCAUGAUUGAAAAAAAUAAGAAAAUAAUUCUAUGCAAGUGUUGCAUGAAACCUGAUUGUUUCUUUUUGCAGUUCUUCUACACUUUUAAUGCAUCGAUUCUGAUUCUCCUCGUUAUUUCUUAGUAGUAUUCUUGUCGACGAUUCUGUUUGUAAAAAGGCAGUCACUCCUCUGAGUUACAAAUUAACCACAAUUAAUCAUUUAAAAAGCAGAAUGCAUCUCAAAUAUGGAGUAACCUGACUAACGGAGAAUAAUGAAACAGAUUAAAAUUACAACAUUAAUGAAUAAGGAGAAGUGUGGGUACAGGUGCCGACACUUGUAUUCACUAGAAACGGAAAAGGGAAAACUGUUGAGUAUUUUCUUCCCCCAGGAUUCUCUCUCUUAACGAUACAAACAAAAAUACAUAUUUUUUGUUAAUUGCACAAAAUGUUUUACUUUGUGUGGAUUGAGCAGUUUGGAUUGGCUCUGAAGCUAUUUAUUCCCACCUGUUCCUCGACGACCUAUCAGAGAGAGGGAUUGAGCGACUUGCUAAAUGCAGCCUUGCAAGUCUUCGCUCAUUUAAGAGAUUUUCACUGUACUUUGGAGGAAUGUGACUUUCAAAGCGGACCAAUGUAGUAAUUGACAAUGAAAAGGUUUUUCCGAUUUAUGAAGCACAAUUUAUACAAGGGUUAUUGUUUAGUUUCCUGUCUUAUAUUCUGUAUGCAAUACAAAGCCUAACAUUGAAAGAGUUAAAAACGCCUUAACCCUUCUGAACUUCCUCUUUUUUUGUGUAAGUAGAAGAAAAACCCAUUGCACUAAUUUUUUUUUUUUAUGGUUGCUUUGUAAUGCAAUAACUGCACUAAAUUAUAACCAUGUAUUAUCUAGUCACCGGACUCAGUGUGCUAGCGUGACCCGACGCUCCUUUCCUGCCUGUCGCUGUAUAGAAUGCUUUCUAUUUAAGAAUAUAUUAGUAAAAAGUAAAAGUAAAAUAAACAUUACAUUUUAUGUACUUUUAA